CCCGCGGAGGGCUGCUCGUCGUCGUCGUCGUUUCUCUCGUCCCUCGGCGGAGGUGGAGACGCCGCUCCGUCGGGGUUGUCGCUUGUCCACUCUCGCUCGUAACAGUGCCAAAAGUACCUUAAAACGCUCUGCUCCCGUCGCUCCCGUUUUUUCCCCUCUCCUCUCCUCUCUCUCUCUCUCUCUCCUUCUCUCCCUCCUCUUUCAUCUAUUUACCAUCUUCCCACCUUCCUCGUGCGAUUGAUCCAGUCUCAUCCACGGGGAAAUCCAACCACGUGCCCAGUGUCUCUCUCGCACUCCUCCGCAUCCACGAUCCUCCGCCGGGAGUGACUCUCUCGAUAUAUUCCUCGAUAUACGUCCGUCGGGAGAUCGCGGGAGUCGAUCGGGCGCGUGGGCGACCGCGGGACGUCGGACAGCGCGCGGCAUCAAUCGAGCGAGAGUGAUUGAUCGGGGCUUGUGCUCGGAUUUGUGCGACCGGAUCGUGCGGCUCUCUCUCGACGUUGCGGACGACGAUCGCCGCCGUGUGAUCCGGCACGAAAACCGGGAAUCGAUCGCGCGCGAAGAUCGCCUGAGCCGUGACAUCGACGUAGGAACGUAGCGGCGCGCGCCGGACGUUCGGUCGCCGAACCCGCGGGUCUUCUCCUCAGAAGGUGGAUUCGCCGAGAACAAUACGUUCAUGUUGCCGGAAAGCAAUUUUCCCGUUACAGGCGGCACUAUGCAGACCGAGGAAGUCGUGCCGCGCGCACAGUCCAUUGGCAUAGACAGUGGUCUCACCGACGGUCUGCAGCACCAUUUGCAUCAUUCAGUACACUUACGCUGCCCGUUACCACCUUUAAUCCACAUGGCCGUCAAGCAGGAGCCGCAGGAGGAAGAAGAGCCGCGAAGUCGCGACGCGAACACGUUGAGCUCGCAAGUGGACGCAGGCAACGCCGCGAGCUCGGUGGACAGCAAGCACGGACAGCAGGUGGCUCAUCAUCAAAUCCCCGGACUGGGGGAGAAUUCGACGCUGACCGUUCCGGACCCCGCCAACCGAGGGCGGCCCAGCCGUGGCCGCAGGAAAUCGCGAUGGAAGCUCAAGUUCCACCACCAGGCGCUGCCGCCGGAAUACCUGGACCACUACGAGGCGUCGCUCGCCCAGGAGAACCUGAACUCGUCGUCGUCGCCGCCGCGCGUAAUCGAGCCAACAGCGCCGAGUCCGGCGCCGACGAGCUCGACGUCCACCCCGAGCCCCAUCGCCGCCGACGUGCACGGCUGGCUGCAGCGGAUCGCGGCGAUGCAGCAGGAGCUCUGUCCCCAGCUGGCGUCGCCGCAAUGCCCGGCGACCUUCGGCCACCAGGUCCCACAGACGGGCACCAGGCGGUCCGUCAUCACCUCCGCCUCCUCGCAGGCCUACAACCCGCCUUACCCCAAUCACCACGCUCAGCAGACGCAGCCGUCCAGCCGGCCACCGAUGAAGUAUUCCGAUCUACCGUACAUGGGCGAGAUCACAUUGGACAACAGCAAGCCGAGACGCGGGCGUAAGCCGAAGAAAGCCGACAUCUGUCACCUGAUCUACAAGAACUACGGCACGAUACUGCCGGGCACGCCCGGUCACGAGGAGAAGAGGCUGUCGCCGCGGGGGGACAAGCAAGACCCGCGCGAGCGCGUCUCGCCUCACGUGCCCUUCCAGAGGACCGACGUGCAGAACCGUAUCAGCAGUCUGUUGGAGAAGCGGCUGACUCAGGAGACCAGACGGAGCUUCGCGCUGUCGGAGAGCGCGAGGGAGCAGGACGAGCCGCUGAAUCUCUGCAUCCGAGACCUGAACCAACUGAAGAUACGGCUGCUGAGGAAACACGGGAACGUGUACGAGCCGGGGCAGGUGAAGAGCGAGACGUCCAGCGACGGUGAGGAGGUCGAGUGCCUGAGCGCCGGUGGCUUCACCUCGGAACCGAUCGCCAACUACUCGGAGCCGGCUCACCGGCCGGGCAACCUGGUCAAUCACAACAACAACGUAAUCGACCCGAUGAUCGGCCCCAACUCCGGCUUCGUCUACUGGCCGAACGCCGGCGUGUUCAUCCACCCGAUGGCACUGCAGUCGCAACUGCUCUACUACCAGAAGGUAGCGCAGGGUGACAGGUGUCCCUCCCGAGCGGUGCCGGCGGAUCAGCCGCCGAGGGAGCAGAAGAUCGUGCCGAAGUCGAUCUACUCGAUGAUGGAGACGAAGGGCGCGGCGGCCCCGUUGCUCUCCCAGCCGGCGACUAACGCGCCGCCGUCGCCGAGGCCGAAGCGGAACGCGCCCUUGAGUCAGCAUCAAGGUCAGCAGCCGACGAAGCGGAAGCGCUCGGCCAUAUUCAUACCGCCCAUGCCGACCGAGAACAACAACCCGGCGACGGAGGUGAGCAUAUGCAAGUUCAAGUUCACCGGCGGCGCCAAGCCCAGCCUGCAGGAGAAGAAGAGCCUCUCCGUGGACUCGGGCGGUAACUUCCGCUACUACAGCGGCACCGGCGACAAGAGUAUGCGGGGCUACGAAUUCUUCCCGCGGGAAGCCCUGCAGCAGCCGGCCGGCCAGCCCGGAGCCUCCUCGGCCGCUGGCGCUUUCCUCAGCGCCGCCGGCGAGAGGAUCCAGCCGGCGGCGGCGUGCCAGCGGAACGCCGGCCAGGACGACGGCAGGCGCAAGAGGAAGACCCGGAAGUCCCUGCAGCGCGAGAAACUGGAGCAGACCUUCAAGGAGAAGGGCUUCCUCAUCCAGACGCAGCAGCUCGAGUCCGCGGAGGGCGCCACCUACUGCAAGUUCCGGCAGCUGAGGAAGUUCACCAGGUACCUGUUCAGGAGUUGGAAGGACUAUCUGCCCGGCAACGUGCGCGAGCUGAGCGGGGGUGGCGGCGGUGCUCCCGGCGGCGAAGGAGCCGGCACCGCGACGGACGGCGACGUGACCGACGUCGACGUCGACAACGGCGCCGUUCUCGUUCACUCCCCGGUCCCUCACGGCAAUCUGCUGGAUGUGCCCAACAGCUUCGUCGAGGAUCACCGGACACUCACGUGAGGUCGCCCCCCGACGGUGGUCACAGCGCGACGCGUUUCCUCGAAUCCCGAUUUGAUUCCCGGGGGAACUCCGAGGACUUUUCGACUUCAUCGUGCACGAAGCGGCCGAAUGUCGACGGUCAAACGGUAAUCCGACAUACCGCACUCGACGGCGAACCUCGCGCGCGUUCGUUGUCGCGUGCGUUCCGCUAAGAAAAAAGUAAAGAGAACAAAGCGCAAACCUGGUCGUCAGCAUCGCGCCAUGACGCGCGCGUCACGACGACGCGAUGCGAACUCGACCGUAGCUCAGUGCCAAAGAUGAGAGACUGGAAUGUACAUAAAGUCGCGAUAGGGAAUGGAUCAACCAAAGAGGUGGUUUCGCCCUCGCCGAGCUGCUGGGAGAUGUCCGAAGGAGGAGGGGGGGAUUCUUCGCUCGCCGAUUAACCGGGACUGUGUGUAAUUGCAUUUCGCGGGUGGUGUCAGAGAGUGAGACUCGCGCGCGACGGUCGUCAGCUACCGUCGCUACCGUCGUAUUUCUCUAAGCGAAUCGUGUUUGACAAAAGCAUCGUCUAACGAAAUCUAGUCUUAUUUAUACUCUUGUUAAAUCGUAAACACGUUUUUCUUUUCCCUCUUGUUUUUACACGGAUAUUUAUAUCGUUGCGUUGUGCGUGCAGCAGCGGCAACAACAACAACAGCAGCGGCGACAAUAUCGCGGAUACAGCGAAGAGACGUGAGAACUGAUGCGCGACAAUCGAGAUAACCCGUCCCUCGGAUCGCGAUCACGCGAUUUGUUUCUCGGUUGGACCGCGCACCGUUGGGCCAAAUGUUUGAACAGCUGGCCGAUAUCGACGAUACUCGCGUUCAAAAACGCGAGCGACGAGAUAAUGCGACGUCGAGCGGCCAUUAUCUGUAUCGUCCCGUCUGCACCCCGAGUUGUCCAAGCGCGAUUUGAAACCGGCGUGACGUCAACGAGCUGGAUUCGUCGCACACGCGGGAGAAUGGCGGAUAAUCCGCGACGAUUUUAACGAACUUCGUCCGUCCUCGCAAGUCCAAACGUAGCGAUGACUCCCCCGCCUCUCGCAGACCGGAAGUCAGAUUUCAUCGGGACAUCAUCGCACACCGCUUUCGAUCGCCGGCCCGUAGCGCGGAAAGACGCGAUUUCCUUCGUCGACCCGAAUUUCUCGCUCACGCCGGAAGUUCCGCCGGAGCGGAGCGAACGCAAGUGCGGAACCGUCCUGUGAACCGUCGUGCCCAACCUGUCCCCUUCCGUGCGACGACAUGUAAAAUUAUUUUAUACAUAAUGUGCUCACUGUAAUCGAGGUAAAUCCCUAUAGUCUGUAAUAAUAAAAUCAAAUUGUUAUCGAUGUGA